UGUAUUACUGCUAUGAGUCUACUUUAUUGUAAACAUUUUUUCCUUUAUAAGUGAUUUCAUCGUGACUAUAUGAGUUUUUAUUGAUGGCAUAAAACUCGUUUCCUUUUUCUCUUAUAAGCUUUUUACACUGAUUCUACAUUCAAAUUCAUUCCCUUCAAAAGGCAAUAUCAAAUCAAUUUAAUAAACUUCGGAAAGUGAAUGGGAAUAAAGUUAAGAGAUAAAAAUUAGUGCGAGAUGGAUAUUUUUCCUACAGAACUGGAGCUAACUCGACUCAAAAGAUUUGAAUUUCGAAUCCCAUACGCGUAUUAUGAGAUCAAUCAGAGUCUUGAAGAGCAUCAUCGCGGGAAGUUAGCUCGAGCCAUUGUUUAUACAAUUCUAGAGCAUGAUCCUAAAAGAAGAUUAGGCAAAACAGAUUUUCUACAUUUAACCGCGCUCAUCGUAAAACUGUUUCCUACCGAAAUUCCUGGAACAUUUUAUAACUCUUCCUACAAAAGCAGUAUGCCAACAGGAAAGCUACAUUCAGCAUAUUUGAACAUACGCAAUGCUUUAGUUGAAGUUAAAAUAAUAACUAGAGAACGACGAUCUCGACGUGAACCAUCAUUAUCUCCUGACGAAACUGAUGAAUCGACCACUGAUCACUUGGAAAAUUCAUUUCAUAUUACUGAAAGUGAAAAUAUUGGUGAAUUGAACACAAUAAAAUCUGCUUGGGAGAAAUCAUACAGCGAACGUCAGAAAUUUCUGAGUAGCAAGAAGUUUUCUAUUUCAAACUAUAUUAAUUUGUAUCCAUUUUUACGAGGUCCACAGGGAUAUUUCGUGUUUCGAUUGGAUGCAGAAAAGAAAUUUCCUCAGAUUAAGAAUGUUGAUAUUAGGACAUCGAUCGCUUCAAUUGCACCAAGAAUUCUGGAUAAAGUUAAGAUGCAACGGAAUGAAGUGAAAGCUACCAGUUUAUUAAAAGAGUAUUUAAAUGAAAGGAAUGUUAACCAGUCACUACUUGCAUUGAUCUUAAUGCCAUUUAUCUUCAGUCCUGCUCCAUUCAAGCGUACUUGGGACGGCGCAGCUUCAACAUCAACUGCAAAACAUAGCAAGGCUGACGCUUAUCGUUACUUUUGUUCUCACUUCAGAACAAAAGAAGAAAUGCAAACAUUCGAUGAAACAUUACCUUCAUCGACGUCAGAUCUUCUGCCACCAAGAUUGUAUAUCAUUGGAAAUCUUAAAAACGAUCCAACAGCUGUCAUUCGUCUUGAUGAUAUUGAAUACACAAUUUCUGAUCCACUCGAUGCUUUCGAUGUUAUGUUCAAGAUUUUUAUAGGACUCAAUCUGAAGUAUCCACGACAAUCAGUAAUUGUCUGGACUUUCAUCGAGCGUUUCGUCUACCGUUUGAAUCAGUAUCACAUCAACAAUUCUCAACUUCUCACAAUUAUAAACGAAAUGACGAAUUAUGCAGAUAUGGAUAAUAAUCAAGUUAUCAAGCAUGGAGAAACAUCCAUCACACCUUUGUACGAUGGUAAAAAGCGUUGCAGUAUUGUUUGGAAAUUUUUUGGUCGUUUACUGAUUAAUGAAAAAUCAGUUGAUGAAAACCAUUUUUAUUGUAGUUUAUGUCUGCAUGAAGGCAUAAUUAGUAGCAAAUAUACUGGAAUUUCAACUUCAGGAAUGAUUAAUCAUUUACGUAAUUCGCAUAAAAUUAAUAACGAAAAUGAGAUUGAAUCAUAUGAGAAAAAACUAAAUCAAGAUAAAUACGAAGCAAACUCAUCAAAAAUGGAUCACCAGAACAAAAAUGUAGAAACACAUAAAAAGCUUUUAGAUGAAUGGGAAAUGAUGGAAGCAAUGAAAACUUCAAAGAAAACUGAAAAAGAUUUAGACUGG